AUGUCCCAAAGAAUUCUUCGUCGAAAUCACAAUUUGGAAGACGUGCCUGGACCAAGCGAGCCUACCGAUGCUUCGCGUGGCGAACCAGUUGAUCCCAACGAGGUACCAUCUUUCAAUGACAUUUUGGGGUAUGCCAAAGAAUUCUCAGCUGCUCAUCAGUCUUUGGCGACUCUUAUGGUCAACAUGGGUGUUCUUACGAAGAAGAAAUUCUACAUCAGUUUCAUCCGGGACGUCAUCAGAAUUCAUCUGAAAAGGAAUCCCGAUACGGUUUCAAAAAUCGCAUGUUCUGUGGAAGAACUAGAUAACCUUGUUUCACUAUUGUUCAAUGAACUCAAUCCUCGCCUGUCUGGGCUCGGGUUACGUCUUACAUCAAUAGCUGAUGAAGAAACGGGCCGAGAAAUGGUAAUUCUAGUGAGUGAGGAUGUGCUCCCGAAAGAUAUCAGCAGCAUAAGUGGUUUUUCAGCCGACGAACUAACAUUGUUUGCACGUUAUAUUCCACAAUUUGUCGAAGGAUGUGGUCAGUGUGAAAGUUCGUGGGCACUAAAUGAAGCGACCAAUCUGUCAAACCCAAUGACGCUUAUGAAGGCUCAAAAACUUCUUAGACAAACUCGCCAACGUCGGCUGGAUUUCCGAGGCGACACCAUCUGGUUGGAACCGCGUGCUAUAGCAGAAUUGGAACCUGUCCUGACGACGAAGUAUGGCUGCAGUACAUGUAUUCUAUGCCAAAAAGUAGUUGUUAGGAGAGAUAUUGCCAUUAUUUGCGGUUCCUGUGAUGCACAUAUACAUAGACACUGCUGGCUGAAGUAUAGUGCAAGUUCCGAAGCUGAUGACAUAUCGUGUCCUGGAAGAGGGUCCAAAGGGUGUGAUCAAAUGUUCUCCAAGAAUGAUGUAGCGGAGCGGUUUCAUUGA